GUUAUUCAAUAAACAAAACACACGAAUUCAACAUGUAGGACAUUAAAGACAUUUGAACUACAUUGUUUACAAGAAAUUUGACGUUCACCGUGAGGUGAUCGAUGAGAGUAACUCUCAUCGAAAAAUUCUAAAUUAAAAAACACCAUGGCGUAUUUCCACUACAGAUGCGGCGAAAGAAUAACACUAACAAACGACAAUUGCACGGCGAUCAGAAACGACAGAGACUUCGACCAUGGUGUUGUUAUAACAGCCGAGCCGCUCGUGAACGAUGUUUUGUUCGAAGUGAAAAUUGACCGAAAAGUAAAUUCGUGGUCUGGUAGCUUGGAAAUCGGCGUGGUCGAUUGUGAUCCUAUGAGCUUUGAUUUUCCCCCUUGCGCAUCAAAAAUUCAAAACGGUUCAUGGAUCUUGUCGGCAUCUUCUAUUUUGAUGAAUGGGGUGUGCAUGGAAGAAGGGUAUGGGACUGACUUGGACAAACUCAAUCAGGAGGAUAGGGUAGGACUUAUGCGAACCUUUGAGGGUGACCUAAUAUUUUACAUUAAUGGGGAGUCUCAAGGUGUUGCUGCAGAGGGAAUACCGAGUGUAGUGUAUGCCAUUGUUGAUUUAUAUGGGAAGUGUGUGCAAGUUACAAUUACAAGUCCAGCUUUAAGGGAGCACAACAAUGAUGACUGCUUGAGCGGCAGUUCAGUCUUGGCUAUUGACAAUGAUAUCUUGAAUGUUACAUUGGGUGGUGAUUUAAGUGAGCUAAGUCUGAGCAGUAGUAACAGUCUUGAUAUUAGAAUGGAUAUGAACAUGAGCUUAAGUUUGCCAGAAGAAAUGCCUCGACCAGACAAAAUUAAAUUUCAUGAAAGAUGUGGUUCUUUAGUGAAAUUGUCCAAUAACAAUAGGACAGCAGAAAGAAGAAGGCCUUUGGAUGAGUUCAAUAAUGGUGUUGUAAUGACACACAGACCUUUAAGAGACUCAGAACUCUUUGAAAUCAGAAUUGAUAGGCUUGUUGACAAAUGGAGUGGCAGCAUUGAGAUGGGUAUAACCACCCACAAUCCCAACAGCCUGGUGUUUCCUGCAACCAUGACGAACAUGCGCAGUGGUACAAUAAUGAUGUCUGGUUGUGGCAUUUUGACAAAUGGAAAGGGGACAAGACGGGAAUACGGCGACUUCAAUUUGGACGAGUUGAGCGAAGGUGAUCGUGUCGGUAUGAUGCGCCGAAGUGACGGAAAUCUGCACUAUUUCAUCAACGGAUUGGAUCAAGGAGUGGCUGCGCAACGGGUGCCCUCUGUUGUUUGGGGAGUGAUUGAUCUUUAUGGGAUGACAAUCAAGCACUUGGAGACUUUUGUGCAUGUUCAGGUGUCGAUUGUGGAACGGGACGAACGCGAAGAACAGAACCUAAUGACGAGGAAAAACACACGCGACCAACAAUUAACGGUCACCGAAACACAGCCCGUUUCCAGCUAUUACGACCGACUGAUUUUCCAUCCGAACUGCGGCACGCAUGCGCAGGUCAUCAACAACGGACGAACCGCCCACCGACCGAACGCCGCCGACGACUUCAACAACGGCGUCGUCUUGACGGCCAGACCGCUGAAGAUCGGUGAGUUAUUUGAAGUCAGGUUAGAUCGGGUGGUCACCAAGUGGGCGGGGUCUAUCGAAAUCGGCGUCACGACUCACAGCCCUGUCAGUCUGGAGUUCCCCUUCACCAUGACCAACGUCAGGUCGGGAACGUGGAUGAUGACUGGUAGUGGUAUUAUGCACAAUGGUACGAUUGUUCUCGAACAGUACGGGGUAAAUUUGGACCGGUUACAAGUUGGUGAUAGAGUUGGUGUGUUGCGUAAAGAAAGUGGACAUCUUCACUUUUUUGUAAACAGCAUAGAUCAGGGAAGUGCCGCCUCUAAUGUACCAGAAAAAGUAUAUGGAGUAAUAGACUUAUAUGGACAAGCAGUGGAAGCUUCUAUCGUUGAUAUGUUCGACUAUGGUUCACCAGAUACUAUUAAUUCUUCCUUAUCAAACACAACACUAUAUAGCGACUUGAGAUUCCACCACGUCCAUGGGAAGAACGCGAGGAUUGUAAAUAACGGACUGACCGCCUUAAGACCGAGAGCUUUGGCUGAAUUCAACGACGCAAUCGUGUUUUCAAACAGACCUUUACGGGACGGUGAGUUAUUCGAAAUUUGUCUGGACACUGUGGUCGAUCGUUGGUCUGGAAGCAUUGAAUUAGGAGUGACAGCUGUAAGACCGGAUGAUAUAGAGCUACCAAGCACCGCCACCGAUUUGUGCAGAGACACGUGGAUGCUGAGCGGCUCGUCGAUAAUGGAGAACGGCAAAACGAUCAAGAACAGCUACGCCUGCGACCUGGACACCCUGACUCGAGGCGUGCGUUUGGGUGUCAUGCGAUCCGCCGACAAAACUUUGGAGUUCUACAGGGACGGCAUCGCUCAGGGUCCCGCCUGUACCGUAAACCACAGUCAGAUCUACGCCGUCGUCGACCUUUACGGACAGUGUGCCCAGGUCAGUAUCCCUUGCGCCUCGCCGAUGGCACCGCUGGCCUCCACCGGCAUCGAUACGUGUCCAAGAUCCGACACCUCGGCGUCGCUACAGGCGGUGAGCGCAGGCGCAGUCCAAGCGCCAGUCGAAACAGACCUACACCGCUUCUCCGACCAGCACGGCGAAGGCGUAUCGCUGAGCGAGUGCGGUCGAAUGGCGGCCCGCUGCAAGAAGUUCAACAGCUCCAUCGUGUACAGCGCCACGCCCCUCGUGCAGGACGAACUGUACGAGGUGUCGGUGGUGGCGCUGUGGCGACACCUGGCGGGCACACUGUGCGUUGGCGUUACUGCGCAGCCGCCCUCCAAUUGCUCCAACACCAUGCCCCCGGACUGCUGCUAUCUGACAGGGAACGAGUUGCGGUACAAGAACAAGGUGCUCCAGUUCUUCGCGCCGAAUUUGCAAUGGCUUAACGUGCAGGAUCGCGUUGGGAUGCUCCGUACCCACGACGGUACAAUUAAAGUUUUCGUGAAUGGAGAAGAGCUGCCCGUUUCGUUCCCGCCGUUGCCCGAGACGGUUUACGCCGUGUUCGACUUGAGGGGAGCGUGCAGCGAGAUCGCAGUGACCAGUCACAAGUGUCCGAUGUCGCCCAUGAACAGUAUCCGGCUGCAGGACAGUCUGGAACUGGUCGUUGAUCAGGCGAACGAAUUGUUGGAUGCAGAGAACAGAGAGUCAGUGGCGGAGGAUAUGGCUCUGUCGGUGGCGACGAAUGGGGAUGUGGUGUACGAGUUUCAUGAGAAUCACGGUCGGAAUAUUGAACUGGUAAACGGGAAAAAUGGGGCAAAACGACUGGCGUCUUACAAUCAAGGAGUGGUGGUGAUUCAGCCAGCUUUAGAACCAAAUUGCAAAGUUCUAAUUCUGAUUGAACAAUUGGAGGCCAAGUGGCAGUCGUCGUUGAUUGUAGGACUGGUAGCUGGCUCUCCAGAAAGACUGAAUUUGCCUGUCAAUGCCCUUUCUAUCAAGGGAUCCGCUUGUAUCGUCGCCAAUGACUGGAUCUCAAUUAAUGGAAUAAAGUCCCGCUCAAAUUAUGGACAGUGUCUCAGUAAUUUAUCAGUUGGAGAUACAGUAGGAAUCCAAUUAACCGAAAACAAGCAGUUCAAGUUACUUAUUAACGGCGUAGAAGAGGACGUCCUCACCUGGAACAGCCCGAGUAAUUUACCCAUUUAUGCCGUAUUUGACCUUUACGGACAGUGUCAACAAAUAAAAAUUUUGAAUGACACUAUUGCAAGUGAUCCAGGAACGUCGUCGGCCACGGACUGCGAAAAAGCUGAUUUGGAUUCGUGCGAAAAAGAAAGGUCUGAUACCAAUCUCACUUUGCCAAUUCCUUCCGCCAGUACAAGCAUGGCCAGUUCCAUGAUAACAAAAGGUUCACCCUGUAAUACCCCCAUCAAAUCCUGCCCAUUCAAGGAAGAGUGUGAGAAGUUCAAGAAAAAACUGUGCAUUCCCGACCAUUAUUUUGCCGGCUUGGAAGGUAAUUGUUUCUGUGCAACCUGUUUGAAAUUUAGAAGUCAGGCUGGAGACAAGGACAACACCCUUCAAGGGUGGGUAAGGUUUCCAUUAAGAAAUGUGGAAAACAUUUCCACGGAUAAAUGGCACCAGGCAUUUUACCCUACGAAAAUGGGGGCGGUCAGGUGUGUCUUAGACAAGGGGCAGCCACUGACCAAAGGUCAAGCUCAAUGGUGCAAUUUCACAGCUCAAAAAGGCGGCGACGUCCAAAUAGUAUUCUAUCCGACCCUAAAAGACACCGCAAUUUACGGUUUUAAAUACGAGAACAAACAAGCGUUUGCAACAUUUCAAAUUUUUGUCAAACCUGGAGCUUACUCUGUAUCCAGGGAGUCCGAAAACGUAGAGUGGAGUACGAAAGAGACUGGAGCUAUAGCUUUGAGUUCUUUGCUUCUAAUGAUUGUGUAAAUUGGUUGGCAAGACUCAAGUAGACUCCACUACAAAAUUGUACUGACAUUUCGCGAUCUCAAUAGAGAAAUAGUGAUUAAAUUUUCAUUGUUUUCAAUGUAGAUGUUCACCACUUUUUAGAUUUUAACAAAAGUAUAUACUGUACACUAGAAAAAUAGUAUCGUUAUAUUUAUUUACAAUGUAAUUUACAUGUGAUAUUUUACUUUAAUUUAUUAUUAUACUAUGAAUUUUAGAAACAA